AUGUAUUUGAUAAUCUCUGCCUUAUUAUUUAUACUAAGUUCUUAAUCUACUAAGCUACAAUCAAAGAUCAAUUCAACCAAGAAUUACCAUAUAAAUGUAAAUGAGGAUAUCAUAUUACUAUAAUUUCCUUAAGUUUCUAAUGUCUAAUUAUUUACAAAUAAUACAGACCCAUUUUGUAAAUUGAUUGAAAAGAAUAUUACAUUCUACAUAAAAUAGCUUCCAAUACUUGAGAAUAAUGAAAUUAAUGAGUAAUCAAAUAUAAUAAAAUUAGACAAGUUGAUAAUUAAGUAUAUCCAUUUAAUUUAAAGUAGUUUAUUUGUAUGACUUAAAUCUAGGAUGGGAUAGUUGCAUUAACUACGGAUUUCAUUAUCUCUUUCUUUUAACUUAAUUAUGAUGAAAUUUAAUCGAAUACUAAUAAUCAAUUUGCCAAAGAGAUUUGGACAACAGAUUUUAAACCUCUUAUUCCUGAUUCUGAAUAAAUGAUAGACUUCGCUUAAAUUGUCUUCAGUGUCACUUCAAGCUAAGCUUUGAUCAUAUUUGCUUCAUCUGCAUACAUAUUGGAUCUUAAAUAGGAUAAAACUAAAAUGUAACAUCUUGAUGUUAUCAAUGUUGGGGAUUGGAUCCCAAGACCCACUCGAGUAUUAACUAAAUCAAUUGAUGAUAUUAUAUUUACAUGCGUUGGAGAGAAUGGGAUUGAUAUCUACAAGUCAGCGUUUAAUUCUUUGAGAUUUUUGGGGAAUCUAGAUAAGACCAGUUUAAAAUUGGAUUAAUUUAAUUUGAAAGAUUUUACAUUGAUUAAGCUUAAAGGACUUUCCUAUAGAUGCUACUUUUUGGACUUAAAUGGGAAUGUGUAUGUCAUAGAAAUUUAAACAAUCAAUUAUGAAUUUGCAUUUUAAUUAGUAACAUAAAUUAGCUCCUAAGGUUAAGGAAUCUCAAUUGAUACAAAAAACGGUAUUAAUGUUUUUGUAGCUUAUUCAUCUUCCCAUCAUUAUUAGGUUAUCGAAUACUACAUAUCAUUGAAUUAAUCCAUCUAUUUUGAAUUAAACUCAUAUAAGACAAGAAAUUCAAUUAAAAGUUUAGACGCCACUGAUGAAUUUGUAAUUAUAUAAGGAAUUAAUCAUCAUAAAAUUCUAUUUAGGUCAGAUGCUUUACAAUAACAAUCGCAAAAGUAAAUCUUAUAAGUCUAAACUUAUUAGUUUACCAGUAUUUACAUAUAUAGGACUGAGAGAUUUCGAAAUAUUGUAAUUAUAAAGUGAUAUUCAAUCAUCCUUUGAGGGAUUUGAGAUUUUCAUAGGAAUUACAUCUACUAGCUUAUUUUUAGCCAAAUUUUAUAUUCAACCAUAUGAGCUAAGGUGUUAUACUGAAUAAACAGAGUAAUUUUAUAUGCUUAGUUAGUUUAACAGUAACUCAGUUCUAUCAACUUUUGGCUAAUACAACAACUUACUUGGAAAUUGAUAAUCAUGUUGAUUAAAUAGUCACUUAGACUUAAUUUAGUUUUACAAUAGAAUUAAUAGAUUCUGAGGAUUUCUAAUACUUGAAUUCAACAUCCUACAUCAUAAUUGGAAUAGUUUCUUUUUUAUUAUGUAUUCAUUUUAUGUAUCUUAGUGAGUAUAUUUUUUUAUUGGAUUCAUCUAUAGAAAAGAAAAAUAGAUGCCUUGGAGAAACAAAUUUCAUUGGAAAAAAUGAGAAAAUAUUCGAUAAUUUAUAAAUAAUGAAAUAUUACAUACAAAUGGUUUAGUAUAAUAGAGUAUAUUUUUUAACCCAAAUUAAAAUAUCAAUAAUCUUAAAUCAGUCUAACCAGUUCUCUUUAAUAUGUUCUCCUACAAUGAAUUUUAAUUGA